AAUAAAAAAGAAAUUUAUUCAAAGAUAACUUUAUAUUAAUCGAGUUGCGUUUACAUAACUCAAACUAAUUAAAUUUCAACUCGAUAUUGACGAUUGACGAACAACACUGACGAUUCUAUUCUCUUUGGUUUAACGUCAUGAAUUGACGUUUAGAUCCAACAAUUUGUGCUGCCAUCUAGUGACAUUAUUUUUUGGAGAUUCUUUAUUUUUUUUAAAUAUUAUUCAUCUCUCUUUAUGAUCAAAAGUUCCUCGUCCAACAAAUAUAAAAUGUAUCUUGAGUAUGGAGAAACCCAGCCCAUACAAAAUUUUAUCUAAAUUCCUAGCAAAAGUUUUCUGUAUAAAUUCUAUUUGUAUUAUCUUUGACAAUAUAAUAAGAUAGACGCGCUCAGAGCCUUUUUUAUGUUUUAUCCAUUACCCCAAAAAUCAAAAUUUUCAUAUAUUUAUGAUUGUUUCUUUACGUGUAAAGGCCAAAAACGUGACAUUGGCGGAAUUGUGUAACGCAAAUGUGCCAUGAAUUAAAAAAGAAGAAGACUAAGCAGGAGAUGAGAUAGAUAGAACGUAUGUUUUUUGUAAAUAAACAAACAGUGCUGAUUGUAACGACUCUCGUUGGGAGUUUUUAUAAUUUUAUGUAACGAUAUUUUACACAGUCGUAUAAACAUCACAAAUGAAUUUACUUAGGGUAGCUUUAUUAUUUUUAUUUUAUGAAGUCUCACAUAUAUCCACUAGUGAAGGCGAUCGAUCUCCUUUUUACCAAAAAUGUGUGAAGAAAUGUAUAACUAAUAGCUGUAAAGAAGAUGGAUAUUUUUUUAAGGAUACUGUAGAACUUGAUGUUUGGAGUAGAUUGUUAUGGAAUUGCAGAGAUGAAUGUAGAUAUAAUUGCAUGUGGCGUACAGUGCAAACUUUCCAAGAGAGAGGUUAUGUGAUACCAAAGUUCCAUGGCAAGUGGCCAUUUGUAAGAAUUUAUGGGGUGCAAGAGCCAGGGUCAGCGUUCGCAUCUUUAUUGAAUCUAGCGGCCCACGUAUACAUGUAUGCAGAUAUCAAUAGGAGGUUCUCCAUAAAGAGCACUCCUUUAGUACUCUUUUGGCAUAUAUUUGCAGCUGUAUGCAUCAAUGCUUGGUUCUGGUCAGCCAUAUUCCACACUAGAGACAACCCUUUUACUGAAUUUAUGGAUUAUGCCUGUGCUUUGUCGAUGGUUAUGGGAUUGUUCAUAGCUGCUGUGGUAAGAGUGUUCCACCGCCAGAGGAAAUUGGCGGCGUUCAUGGUCAUUGGACCACUGCUCUUCUACGCGGCGCACGUGCAAUAUUUAUAUUUGGGCAUUGUUGACUACGAUUACAACAUGCUUGUUAACUUAAUUUUUGGUAAGUAAAGUCCUUUUUAAAAAAAAAUUUGCUGCGUGAUUACUUUACGUGCGUAAUUUGAAGACACCAAUA